AUGUCUUUUGGUCUUUUUUGCAAGACUAUUUUGAAUAGAACGGAAUUGAAGGGGGUACCGAAACUUAGAGGGGUGCAAUCUUUCUCAUAUGCUACUGAUUCAUGUUCUGCCAAGAGGAAAACUCAUCCCAUCGAUGAAUCCGCUAAGGCCAUCAGACAUUUACAGUUUACAAGGCGCUUACCCUUCGAAAAAGGGUUAGAAAUUCAAGAGCAAUUUUCCAAAGCUCAAUUGGAUAUUAAAGAACUUCAUGCUAAGAUUAGAAGAAGGCUUGCCAAAUUACAGGAAGAGAAUGUCAACAUGACAAUCAAUGAUAGCGAAAGGCAGAUUAUAGACAACAUUUUAUCGAUGAAACCAAACCCAAUAGUAUUGACUUUUGAAUUUGAUCCGACUUAUACAGGGGGGAAAAGGAUUAAAAAGACUAUGACUCCAGAACAGAUAGCCCAAUUUGAAAGUUUUGUUCCUUCUAGAGAUUCCAGCGAUGCAAGACCAAAGUUCGUACAAGUGGAAAGGGGUGGACAAAUCACUUACCAUGGUCCUGGUCAGAUGGUCGCCUACGUCAUCAUGGAUCUUAAAUCUUUCGAUAAUUUCCCAGCAAGAUGCUUCGUCUCUGGUCUCGAAGACUCAGUCAUCAGUACACUGAAAAACCUUAAGGUGGGUGAUGGUCAACAGGCUUUGGAUAUUGACGCUAAAUUAACCGAGGAGACAGGAGUUUGGACUGUGGACAACAAGAAAAUUGCAAGUCUGGGAAUUCAUGUGAGACGUUCGGUGACGUCUCAUGGGGUUAGUAUUAAUGUAAAUCCUGAUCUUUCCUACAUGACAAGUUUUGAAAUGUGCGGUUUACCUGGCGUUUUGCCAACAUCAGUUGAAAAGCAAAGGCCUGACGUAGUUCUUAAUGUACAAGAUGUCGCCGUCAAAUUUGUCAAUGAAUUGGCAAAGACAUUGGGAGUGUCUACGGUGGAAAGAAUGCAGCUGGAUGAUAUGGACUUGAAAGCAUAG